AUGGCAACUCGGACUCUGACAGCAAAGUUGUGGCGUCUCAAUGCAAAUUUGGUAUCGAAGCAACAACUUCGACAGCUCACGCUACAUGAAUAUCAGUCGCAGAACCUUUUGAAGGAGUUCGGCAUCCCAGUACCCCGAGGACACCUCGCAAGAACACCAGCCGAAGCUGCGGUGAUUGCCACAGAGCUUGGCGGAAACUGUUCUCUCAAAUCACAGAUAUUAAGGGGCGGCAUCGAUGACGGCGCGUUUGACAACGGGUCAGGGGCCGGCAUUCAACUGGUCAAUAAUGCAGAAAGCGCCGAGAAAGCUGCCAAUCGCAUGCUUGGUCACUACUUGAAGACGGAUCAAUCCGUAGGUAACGGUGUAUUGGUCAAUAAGCUUCAUGUUACGGAAAGCCUGAAUCCCGAAAGAAAGUGGUACUUGGCGAUCACAUUCGAUCGCGAGAACUAUUGUCCAAUAAUCAUCGCGUCAAAAUUUGGCGGAGUCGCCAUCGAAAAGAUAGCAGCCCAGCAUCCAGACGAGCUGCAUACAUUUCGAUUUGGAUUCACGGAUGGCAUCACAUCCAAACUCACCGACAAAGUCUCGAAAUGUCUCGGAGCUUCGGCGAAAGAGAAGGAAGACCUCAAUGACAUACUCGGCAGACUCUAUAAGAUUUUCACAACAAAGGACGCCUAUUCGCUUGAGAUCAAGACUCUAGCAAGCUCGUCAGAAGGAGGUCUGACUUGCAUGGACGCCAAGUUCUCAUUUGAUGAUGCUGCGGCCAAGCGGCAGAAGCCACUUUUUGCAGAGCGAGACACGGAGCACGAGAUUCCAGAAGAAGUCGAGGCUGAGAAGUAUGGGCUGGUCUAUGUUCGCAUGGACGGCGACAUUGGCAAUGUGGUCAAUGGAGCAGGUCUCGCGAUGGCGACCAACGAUGCGAUUGCCCUGCACGGUGGCGCCAGUGCAAACUUUCUUGAUGCUGGUGGGCAAGCGACGAAGGAGACCAUGGUCAAGGCAUUUGAGAUUAUCCUGCGGGACCAGAGGGUGAAGACGAUAUUUGUCAACAUCUAUGGCGGAAUUACUAGAGGCGACAUGAUCGCAGAAUCCAUUCUUGGUGCAGCCAAAGAGCUGGGACCGCUGAAAAUUCCCAUGGUGGUUCGACUUCAAGGCACCAACUCUGAGAUGGGAUUGAAAAUCGCAACCAACGUCAACUCGAAGAGAUAUUUGAAGAAACCAAUUUCCCUGUUGACUUUUCGAAACAACGAGCUAUCAUACUACAACCCGACCACACCUGUAUCAUCUCUACGCCAAGAUUCGAUGGCUGACUCAACUACAACUCAGCCCGACCUAGACCCUAUCGCGGUCGCUGACUUCCACGACACACUCAAGAAGUCAAAGCGCAUCGUUGCUCUCAUCGGCGCAGGUCUUUCCGUAUCCUCGGGCCUUGCCACCUUCCGAGGGGCCAACGGACUGUGGAGGAACCAGGACAUAACGCAGGUCGCUUCACCCGCAGGCUUCCGUCAUGACCCGGGUCUCGUCUGGCAAUUUUACACGUAUCGCAGGCACGACGCCCUUCGUGCCAAGCCGAACCCCGCUCACUAUGCUCUGGCCGAGCUCGCGCGCAGAGUGCCUGGCUUCGUCGCGUUGACGCAAAAUGUCGAUAACUUGAGCCCUCGGGCUGGUCAUUCGCCCAGUCAGCUGAAGGAGCUCCACGGCAAUCUUUUUGCGCUGUCCUGCGUCGAUGUGGUUGGAUGCGGAUACACCGAGCGUGACAACUUUGAGGAGUCUCUGUCGCCAGCACUCGAUCCUUCAAAGGACGAGGAGAGGACCAUCGGCAGCAUCAGUCCGGACGAGAAGCCUCGCGCCAGCCCAGUACUGUUAGCCGGCAUCGCGCGGAAACACGCGCAAAUCCUCGGGGAGAAGUAUGAGGGCAAUUCUCCGACCACGCGGGAUCUGACCGCUCUGAAAGCCCCGGAUCAACCGGCGUCAUCGAACCCCGUUGCUGUUAUCCGGAUGUCGUCGGGGUUGGAGAAAAAGGACCUACCGCAAUGCCCUAAGUGCAAGAACAACAUCCUCCGUCCCGCCGUCGUCUGGUUUGGCGAGCCACUGCCCGUUGAGGUUGUUGAAGAGGCCCAGGCGCUUUUCGAUGACCCCGAGGCCAUCGAUUUGUUUCUGACGAUUGGAACCACCAGCAAGGUCUGGCCGGCGGCUGGGUAUGCCGAGAUGGCUUGCAAGAAGGGUGCGAGAGUUGCUGUUAUCAACACGCGAGCUGAAGACGCGAGACAUGUUCGGCCGGAUAAGGACUGGGUGUUUGUAGGAGAUGCAGCAGUUGUCCUCCCCCAGUUACUGAAACCGGUGAUUAGCGAAUCAUACGAGCAAGUCGAGAAGAACAUGAAAAAAUAG